AUGAUGUUGCCCUGCUUAGCUGAAGUAGAGAAGAGAUUGCCAAACGGGAAACUCGAGAGAGGAUCUUCAGAGGAUCUUGUGAAGAAACAAUGGGAGAGGAGAGACUAUUUCGGAGUCCACCCUCAGAAACAAGAAGGUCUUAGCUAUGUGGGCCUUCACGUUCCGGUUGGUAGGCUACAAGCAGAUGACAGGGACGAGCUUGCUCGGUUAGCUGACACCUACGGCUCCGGCGAGCUCAGACUCACCGUAGAGCAAAACAUCAUCAUCCCAAAUGUGGACAGCUCAAAAACCGAAGCUUUGCUUCAAGAGCCGUUUCUCAAGAACCGUUCUGUGGGCAAGACCAAGCUAAGAGCUUUAAAAGUGACAGAAGAAGUGGAGAGACUUGUAGCUGUGCCAAAGCCUGUGAGGAUGCAUUGGACAGGAUGUCCCAACACUUGCGGACAGGUCCAAGUGGCGGAUAUCGGAUUCAUGGGAUGCUUGACACGUGGAGAUAACGGGAAGCCAGUCAAGGGAGCUGAUGUGUACGUUGGAGGACGAAUAGGAUUUGGGUGA